UCACAUGACUGGCAUGAGAUCCCUCAGCAGGAAGAAGCUAUCUGUGCUGAAGGUCUCAUCAUGGCAGCACUUAGCUGGUCAGAGAAAGUGUUGGAGCUGCUGCUGAGAAUGAACAGGAGAGAAAAGAAUCUCCUCCCUGUCUGCGUACAGGGACAGCGAAUAGGUUGGGCAGUACAAACUGUUGCUCAACACUUCUCUCGGUACCCAGCUGUAUUCAGACUCAGCGAGGGCUCCUCUGGAUGUCUGGAACUGAAUGCUCAUUUGAAAUCCCCCCAGGAAAGGACAACGGCUCUUCAGGAGGUGAUGGAGUCCCUGAGGAGUCAGGGAAUCUUCCCUUGUCUGCAGGAGUGGAGGAACGAGCACUACGAUGUGAAAGGUCAGUUUUCAGACCCUACUCCUCUCCUCAGCAUGGAACGAGCAGCCACACCACUGCUUGGAGUGCCUCGUUAUGGGGUGCAUGUUAACGGUUUCCUGCGUAGAGGAACAGACAUCUUUAUGUGGAUCGCUCGGAGAUCUCUGACUAAACCUUCGUAUCCGGGACUACUGGAUAAUCUGGCAGCAGGAGGAAUAUCUGCUGGAUCUGGGGUGUGGGAGACCCUUAUCAAAGAGUGUACAGAAGAAGCAUGUAUCCCAGAAUCCCUUGCAGCCACAGCCAAAGCUGCAGGAACUGUCAGCUACUCAUACACACGUCAAGAGGCUGUUUACCUAGAGUGUCAGUUUGUGUUUGACCUGGAAGUCCCAGAGACAUUUCAGCCAAGUGUGGGUGAUGGAGAAGUACAAGAAUUCUACUUGUGGCCUCUAGAAAAGGUGAUAGAGGCUAUAGCAGAAGAUGACUUUAAACCAAACUGUGCACUAGUGGUUCUAGAUUUUCUUAUUCGGCAUGGAUACAUACAACCAGACAAAGAAAAGUUCUAUACAGAAUUUGUAGAAAAUCUUCAUUGGUCUCUAGGAACAUCAUAAGGAAUCUGUCUUCCUUCUUUCCCUUACCUGCUGCGCAUUUUAAAUGAAUUUUUGCUAAAAAAAAAAAAAAAAAAAUUUUAGCAAUUAAAA